ACAUGUGACAAUUAUUAUUUGGCAUCAGGCAUUGUGAUUACGUUCCGACUUCUGAAUUCACGCAAACAAUUCGUUAGGAAAAAUAUUAAAAAAUAUUUACUAUUCGCUAUGACAACUAUAAUGGAAAAACCAAGAUCAUGUGAUACUUUUGUUGUUCUUCCACCUCUGACAAUAAACAAUGUUGUAAUAUUUGGAAAAAAUUCAGACCGUCCACAGAACGAAGUCCAAGAAGUGAUAUUGUCCCAAGAUCGAACUCGCGACUCUAAAUUAAAGUGCACUUAUAUAACAAUAGAUGAGUGCACAGAUCCAAUAAACAAUGUGAUAUUAAGCAAGCCCGCUUGGAUGUGGGGAGCUGAAAUGGGUGCCAAUGAUAAAAAUGUAGUGAUAGGUAAUGAGGCUGUGUGGACUAACAACAAUGAAGGGGAUGGAGAUGCAAGACAGAAGCGUCUCCUGGGAAUGGAUUUGGUGCGAUUAGGCCUUGAGAGGGGAAAUACAGCUGAAAAAGCUCUUGAUGUGAUCACAUCACUAUUAGAGAAAUAUGGACAAGGCGGGCCCUGCUCUGAAUAUGAUGACAGUCAUUUCUAUCAUAACUCCUUUCUCAUUGCUGAUUACAAAGAGGCUUGGGUACUUGAGACUAGUGGGAAAAUGUGGGCCGCAGAGAGAAUUGAUUCGGGAUACAGAAAUAUUUCCAAUGGACUUACCAUUGGAACGAAAAUCGAUAAGCAUUCUGAGGGGCUGUUUGAAAAAGCUGAGGCUAUGGGACUCUGGGAUGGGAAGGGUUUGUUCGACUUCAGCGCUGCAUUUUCUUCGGGCGGAGACGAGCUCCGUCAGAAACAGGGUGAACGGCUUCUGAAACAAGCAACAGUGACUUCUGCUUUCGAUGUUACUGAUAUGUUCCGUAUACUGAGGCACAAAGAGAGUGGUAUCUGCCGCGCAUGUGACGACACCUUCCCCACCCAAGGAAGCCAGGUAUCAUCUCUAUCGUCAGUUGGCAUAAGCGUACAUUGGUUUACAGCGACUCCAGACCCGAGCGUAUCUUACUUCAAGCCGUUCGUUUUCACUCCUAACGCUAGAAUCUCACCGUACACCGAAAGCCCGUCAGCGCCGAAUCGCGAACACCAUCUUUAUAAGUUGCAUUCGGCGCACGUUUUGAAGAAUAACAACGAGAAAAUGUCGAAAGUACUGGCUGAUAUCGAGAACGGAUGCAUCGCGGAAAUAACAGAUUUCAUGAAGAAAUACGAGCUUAAAGAGAAAAAUAUCAACGAACUCGACGACCUGAUGAAGAAGUGCGUGGAGACAGAAGUCAAACUUUACGGUUAAUGAAGUGCCUUACUCUAUAUAAUUUAUCAACUUACAGCUAAUUUAACUCCAUUGCUAUUUUCUAUAUUUUACCUAGCAUACAUAUUAUAAUAAAUAUAAAUGCACCCCUUCCUCUUAAGUUAUGUACUUUUGUACUCUUAAGUUUUACAUAAAGUGUUCGUUACACUCAACUUGUUCAUAGUAAAGCUGUCAAGGAUAUAUUCAAAUUAAAAUCUUUUGAAAUAUUUCAAUGCAUUCUUGUUAAGAUAUAUGUAUGUUGUAUGAAUUAUAUAUUUUGUUAUAAACACAGUGUAAACGCGCCUUUAUCCCGUUAAGACAUUGUUCGAAUUAUGAAACGGUACUAUGACGGUUUUGCUGGUAGUAGGUACUUGGUUAUGAAUCUUUUUACACAUGACAAUAGAUUUCUUUUUAUAUAAUAUUUUUUAACAUAUUACCUCCCGUAUCAUAGUUUUAUCUUUGACUUUCAAUUUUUCAUAUAUACAUAAGCCUUAAUUUAGUUUUUCGUUUUGCUCUUGCAUGACUUAAUAUUAGAUAACAAUAGGAUAAUAUUUUAUUUAUAUUAAAUCUUAAAUUUUAAAACGAAGAGUCAUUUUUUAUAAUUCUAAAAAAAAAAAAAAAACAAAUAUAUUACAGUAUUAGAUCUAUUCGCACGUAGAAUAUUCUAUAAAUAGUGUUAAUUCGAGAAGCCAGUAAUUGCUUUAAUAAUGGAUGUGCCAUCAAAAGGAGCUGUGUUAUAAAUAAAUAAGGUUCAAUUCCGUCAGACACGAUCAACAAGCGGCACUAGAAACUAAUUAACAUUUACAUUUUGUAGACCUAUUAGACAGAUCGCUUAAGUUAAAUGAAAUAGAAACUGUGAUAAAAUAGCAGCUUGUAAGCUAUAUUUUUGAAUCGUUUCCGAAAAGACAUAUUGAAUGAUAGUAUAAUUUUAACGAUUCCGUGCUCUCGAUCUGGUGACUUUAUUUUAUAGUUUUAUAGAAAAUGAUUUGAUUUUUGAAGUCUGAACUCUUUAUAUUAUUAAAAAAAAUGCGUCUGAAUUGAAUAAAUCCAAAUAUAUUUUAUAUUUAGUAAUUAGUUACUUUUAGUUAUACAAUUCGUAGUGACCUUAAACUUAUUCAAUGAUUUUAAUUCCUUGUGAAUGUUUUUUUUUUUCUUCUUUAUCCUUAAUAUAUUAUACAUUGCUUUCGGGAAGAAGAAAUUAUGUUAUAAGCACACGCGUUUCGCGUUUCUCCGCGGUAUAGUGUAACACUUAUAUAUACUUAAAUUAUAAGUAUACAAGGAAACAAACAUCUUAAGUGUAUAUUUUUAUAUCAAUAAUAUUUGAAUGCUUUUGAGAAUAUAUAUGUUAUAGAUUUAUUAUGCUUUACUAGUUGCCUUAAAUGAUUAACACGAAUUGUUGGUGGAAGUUGUCGUUCAGUAAUUUUAACAGAUCGUUGAUGUUUAUCAAAAUGAAUAUGAUGUAUGUAUAUGAAAUUAAUUCUAAUCCAGAACAAUUUAAAUAUAAAAGAAUUCUUUAAUAAAAUGUUAACGAAAAAUUUUGUUUAUUGACAUAGUGAAUAAUUAUAUAAUUUUUUUUUUAAAUUUAUGGUUACCGUUUUUUAAAUUUAGAAUUUUUGAUAUUUACCUUUAUUGUGAUUAUUAAUUGAAUAAUCGUGCCUUAAGCUUUGUACUCGAUAAAGCGAUGUGUUUGUCCCACAGCUCUUGUUAUUUUAAUAUAAAAUUGAAUUACGUACGUAACUUAGAACAAGUAAAUGUAUGAAUUUUUUUUAAAACAUGCGGUAAUUGCUUGAAAAUAUGUGUCAAAAUUGUUGCCAUACAUUAAUUUCAUUUAAAUAUUUUUUGCAUUCAGAUCAUUGCAAUGUUUCGAACGGUUUAGUGUUAAUCAUUGAUUUUAUGUGCAAUAAAGUUAGUAUUCAGCCUGA